AUGGUGCAUAUAAGUGAAAACCCAGGACAGAGAAGCCUAAAGAUUAUAGUUGCUUGCAUUAAUCGUACUACUAGGGGCGGAGCUAGAAUUGUAAAAUUGAGGGGGCCGAAUGAGAAAAUACAAAUAACAUUGGUGCUCAAACAUAACGAGGUUCUUCAAAUCCACUCACCACCAACACUUGAGUUUGUAACAUUGAUAGAAGAAAAGGAAAGAGUGGUAUCGAUCACAUACUUGGCUCCAACAUCAGAAUCGAGGAAGAAGCCUGAGUCAGCGAGCAAAAUGGUGGCAGGGCUUAGAGAGUUCACUGCAAGAGUUGAAAGAAAUGGUGUUGACGAACCAGUUCUGGAUGCAGAGAAUGGUGAGGAGCUGAUGCACGUUCAGCCUUGUGUUUCUAUCGUCCUUGGUAAUCGCCCUCCUGAGUCCCCUGGCACUCUCUACAUCUCCACCAAGAAAGUGGUCUGGUUGAGUGAUGUUGACAGGGCGAAAGGUUAUGCUGUGGACUUCUUGUCUAUAUCACUACAUGCUGUAUCCAGGGACCCAGAGGCCUACACCUCUCCUUGUAUAUACACUCAGAUUGAAACUGAGGAUGACGAGCAUGAGUCCGAUGGCUCAGAUUCAGAAUGCAAUGGUGUCUUAGAUUUGUCCAAGAUCACAGAAAUGAGGCUUGUUCCUUCAGAUCCUAACCAAUUGGAUUCUCUGUUUGAGGUAUUUUGCGAGUGUGCUGAGCUUAAUCCUGAACCGAUUGAAGAAGCGGAAGAAGAGCAUAAUUGGAUUUUUAGUGCUGAUCAGUUGGAAGAUGACGCAACAGGGGAAGAUUCUGAGUGGCAUGUUUCUGAAAAUCCUUCAAUUGGUCAAUCUAAUGGGGAUCAUGACCUAGCUCGUACCGUGCUUGAGCUUCAAAUCAAUGAUCAACGCUUUGAGGAUGCUGAAGAAAUGGAGCAUGAGAACGAUGGUGGCCGCCAUUGA